CGCGGGGGGGGUGGGGGUGGGGAGCCUCGUGACGUCAUCAGCGGGCGCCCGUGCCGGGCCCGGAGCCGGAAGUGUUGUGGCCGUCCCCCCCGCGUCGCGGAGCCACGUGUGGAGCCCCCGAGAGCGGGAGCGUCGCCGGUGAGACCCCGCCGGUGAGGCCCACGGCGACAGUGCGUGGGUCCCUGGCACUUGCCAGACUUUAACACCAUGAGCUUCGUGGCUUAUGAGGAGCUGAUCAAAGAGGGUGACACGGCCAUCCUGUCACUGGGCCAUGGCGCAAUGGUGGCGGUGCGCGUGCAGCGAGGAGCGCAGACCCAGACCCGGCACGGUGUCCUGCGGCACUCAGUUGACCUCAUCGGCCGCCCCUUUGGCUCCAAGGUGACCUGCGGCCGAGGUGGCUGGGUGUACGUGCUGCACCCCACGCCCGAGCUCUGGACGCUGAACCUGCCGCAUCGCACACAGAUCCUCUACUCCACUGACAUUGCCCUGCUCACCAUGAUGCUGGAGCUUCGGCCCGGCUCUGUGGUCUGUGAGUCUGGCACUGGCAGUGGCUCUGUGUCCCACGCCAUCAUCCGCACCAUCGCCCCCACGGGCCACCUGCACACGGUGGAGUUCCACCAGCAGCGGGCAGAGAAGGCUCGGGAGGAGUUCCAGGAGCACCGUGUGGGCCGCUGGGUGACCGUACACACCCAGGACGUGUGCCGCAGUGGCUUUGGCGUGAGCCACAUGGCCGAUGCUGUAUUCCUGGACAUCCCAUCGCCUUGGGAGGCAGUGGGCCAUGCCUGGGAUGCCCUCAAGAUGGAAGGUGGUCGCUUCUGCUCCUUCUCACCAUGCAUCGAGCAAGUGCAGCGCACAUGCCAGGCGCUGGCAGCCCGAGGCUUCACGGAGCUGAGCACCCUGGAGGUGCUGCCGCAGGUCUACAACGUGCGCACUGUCAGCCUGCCGCUGCCCGACCUGGGCGCCAGCACGGGCCCCCCUGCCGGCCCCGACGCUGGCCCCUUCCGCAGUGGCACACCCAUGAAGGAGGCUGUGGGCCACACCGGCUACCUGACCUUCGCCACCAAGACCCCAGGCUAGUGGGCUGCCACCCAGGAGCACCAGCAAGCUGGGGGCACCAGCAGGGCAGCUGAGGCUGCCUUAUAUGGUCAGCGGACGCCUGCCGGGCCUGUGUUUAGAAACAGACAUGAAACAGAUGUGGGGUGGGGCUUGGGGGCCUUCUGGGUGGCCAAAGGGGGAGGGCAAGCAGGGGCGGCCAGUCUCAGGCCCUUCCUGUUCCUGUCCUCUGGGGAGCGAGGCCUCCCGCCUGCGUCAUAGCCAAGCUCAGCAGCCCUGUCCUAGCUGCUGUUUGUUGUCAACAUGAUGUCUCCACUGCCACAGGCUCCUGCGUGCUGAGGCCAAGGGGUGUAGUUGGGGGACAGGGUCUGCCCCUUUCCCACAUGGACCCAGGCAGCAAGGGCAUUAGGGAGGGGUGGGGACACUGUGCCAGAGGCCCAUGCUGCCUCUGCCCCCAGAGCCCCAAGGCCCUGGCUACUCCAUGGGGUCUGUGGACUGGCUUGUCCUGUCUCUGGGCCGAGACUCCAGCCACCCCUAUAGCCUCCUGUGCUGAUGGGGACCAGGCCAGCCCAAGAACCAGGGAAAGUGACCCUGCUUUCUGGCCUCCAGGCUCAUCCACAGCACUGGGUGCCAUGCAAGCCUCCUGUCCCCUCACAUCCAGGGGGCAGCCCCCACUCAUCCACCCAUUCUGGGAAGUGCCUCCUUUGCCCCUGGCCCAGCCAGAGCCCCCUGGUGGGUUGUGUGGUCUGUGAGAUCACCCAGUGUCAUGCAGAGGAGGAGCCAAGCAGGACAGCUAUUUGCUUUGGGUGAUUCAGCAAGUCUGUAUCAGAGCUGGAGUUUGAACCCCCAGCAACCCCAGGCCCACUGAGAUGCCCCACCCCCCCUUGGGAACCCUGGGGUCGUGGAGGAGGGCCCCCAUGGGCACAGCAGUGUGGGGCGGGGGAGGGUGCAUCCAGAACACCUCCCAAGGACUGUGCCUUUGUCGCCACCUCUUGAAGGCUGGGGUACUGGUCACCUUCCCUGCUGGGGGCAGCCCCCAAGUGUGCCUGACAGCAAUAAACAUAUGCCCCCCAUG